CGGGGGAAUUUUCAGGGGGUUUCCUCUCUCUCGGUUCCCCCCCUCCCCGCCCCAGUUUUGGGGCCCAGCCCGGCAGGAACCCCUUCCGACCUUUGCAGCAGGACCUAAAAGGAGGAACUGUUGACAAUUAAGAGAUGAAAGUGUUCAGAUCAUGGAGGCAGAAAGAGGCUCGCCAAGAAGACUGCGAUCCAUCGGCCGGCGGCUGUACGACGAGAACGAGGACCUCUCCGACGUGGAGGAGAUCGUCGGCGUGCGCGGCUUCAACCUGGAGGAGAAGCUGAAGAGCAAGAUGUACCGCGGGGACUUCGUGCGGCCCAUGGACGGGCAAGAUUUCACUUUUGAAUAUGUGCAGCGAGAAGCACUCAAAGUCCCUCUCAUCUUCAGAAGUAAGGCUGGACUCGGAAUUAAGAUGCCAGACCCAGACUUUACUGUCCGAGAUGCUAAGGUGCUUGUGGGGAGCCGACGGAUCGUUGACGUCAUGGAUGUGAACACCCAGAAAGGCAUUGAGAUGAGCAUGGCUCAGUUUGUGCGCUAUUACGAAACCCCUGAGGCUGAGCGCGAGAAGCUGUACAACAUGAUCAGCCUGGAAUUCAGCCACACCAAACUGGCAAAUAUUGUCAAGCGUCCCAAUGUGGUGGAUUUAGUAGACUGGGUGGACAACAUGUGGCCCCGACAUUUGAAGGAAAGACAGACAGAGUCCACGAAUGCCAUUUCGGAGAUGAAAUAUCCCAAAGUGAAAAAGUACUGCCUGAUGAGCGUGAAAGGAUGCUUCACCGAUUUUCACAUUGAUUUUGGGGGCACUUCAGUUUGGUAUCACGUUUUCCGGGGAGGAAAGAUCUUUUGGCUGAUUCCGCCAACAUUGCAGAACCUAGAACUCUAUGAGGAAUGGGUUGUCUCUGGGAAGCAAAGUGAUAUUUUUCUGGGGGACCGUGUGGAGCUGUGCCAAAGAAUUGAACUGAAACAAGGGCACACUUUCUUCAUUCCUUCAGGGUGGAUACAUGCAGUUUAUACACCAGUAGAUUCCUUGGUGUUUGGUGGAAAUAUCUUGCAUAGCUUUAACGUUCCCAUGCAGCUUCGCAUUUAUGAAAUUGAGGACAGAACAAGGGUACAGGCCAAGUUCCGCUACCCAUUUUACUAUGAGAUGUGUUGGUAUGUUCUGGAGAGAUAUGUGCUCUGUCUAACCCAGCGCUCCCAUUUCCGCAAAGAGUAUCUCCAAGAAUCAAUGUUAAUUGAUACGACGAGGAAACGCAGUGUGGAUAGCUUCUCGUCCGAUUCCUGGGGAGACAUGGAUGACGAACUGUGCGAUGUUCGUGCCCAGGAAGACAAGGAUAACAACCCUGAAAAAAUCCCCAAGAUCUCGGCCGAUGUGCCCUCUUCUCCUAACAGCACGCAUUCGGAAGGGAAAGAGACAGUGGGGAAGAAGCCAAAAUCUGCAGCCAGCCGGUACUUCAGAAGGACUCUGUCCAACGAGUCAGAGGAAAGUAUAAAGUCAGCUACAGUGGACUAUCCCAAAACGCCCACGGGGUCUCCCGCCACGGAGGUCCCAGCCAAGUGGACUCACUUGACCGAAUUUGAGCUGAAAGGUUUGAGGGCCCUUGUGGAAAAACUGGAGUCCCUUCCAGAGAAUAAGAAGUGCGUCCCCGAAGGCAUCGACGACCCACAGGCUCUGCUGGAAGACGUGAAGAACAUCCUGAAGGAGCAUGCAGAUGAUGACCAGAAUCUGGCCAUUUCUGGGAUCCCUGUGGUAUCCUGGCCUAAGAAAAAUUCAAAGAACCGGACAGUUGGACGGCCCAAGGGGAAACUGGGUCCCGCCUCUGCUGUGAAGCUUGCAGCGAAUCGGACGACUGCAGGUGCGCGCCGGAGGAGGACGCGAUGUCGCAAGUGCGAAGCCUGCCUGAGGACAGAGUGUGGCGAAUGUCAUUUCUGCAAGGACAUGAAGAAGUUCGGUGGGCCUGGCCGGAUGAAGCAGUCGUGCAUUAUGAGGCAGUGCAUCGCGCCAGUGCUGCCCCACACAGCUGUGUGCUUGGUGUGUGGAGAAGCAGGGAAAGAAGACACGGUGGAGGGAGAGGAAGGCAAGUUUAAUCUCAUGCUUAUGGAGUGCUCCAUCUGCAAUGAAAUCAUACACCCGGGGUGCCUGAAGGUGCGGGAAUCGGACGGCGUGGUGAACGAGGAGCUGCCAAACUGCUGGGAGUGCCCGAAGUGCAAUCAUGCUGGCAAAACUGGGAAAGCGUACAAGCAAAAGCGGGGACCUGGGUUCAAAUACGCAUCCAACCUCCCGGGCUCUUUGCUAAAAGAGCAGAAGCUCAAUCGAGAGAACAAGGAAAUUGUCGCGGAAGUCGCCAAGCGGAAAGUCGAGGGUGAGGAAUCCGCCCGCAAGAAAUCCGACGAACGCCCGCCCAAGCCCCCCCUGGAUCCCCUUUUGAGGAGGAAGUCAGAAGAAGCACACCUACGCCGGAAGCGGAAAUUUGAAAAACCCCAAGAGCCUGCGAUGAGGAAGCGGCUAAAACUGGGCAAAGAAGAGAAGCUGUUCAGGAAAAAGAGGCGAUCCUGGAAGACCCCCGAUGACCGGGCGGCCGCCCUCAAGCCUCUGCGCCGUUUCAAGCAAGAGCCUGGGGAGGGUUUCCCCGAGGAGCCCCCAAAAAGCAAGGAGAGUGACCAGUCACGUUCGAGCUCGCCCACCGCGGGGCCUAGCUCAGAAGGGGCCGAGUCCCGGGAGAAGAAGAAGUUCAAGACCCGGCGGAAAGCCCGUCUCCCCAACAAGGAGCUGAGCAAGGAGCUGAGCAAGGAGCUGAACCAGGAGAUCCAGAAGACCGAGAACAGCCUGGCCAUCGAGAACCACCAGCCCAUCAAGUCGGAGCCGGAGAGCGAAAGCGAGGACCCCAAGGGCGGCCUGGGCCCUGAGCAGCCUCGCCCACCCGGCAAGGGCUUGAACGGGGCCCCCCGCGAGCUCCGGCAUCAGCUCCUCUCGAGCCUUCGCAGCAGCGCCCCCAGGGCCAUCGCCCGGCCCCCCCCUUCCCUCUCGCCCCCCAAGUGCGUCCAGAUGGAGCGGCACGUCGUCCGGCCGCCCCCCAUCAGCCCCCCACCGGACUCGCUUCUGCUGGACGACGGAGCGGCCCACGUGAUGCAGCGAGAGGUCUGGAUGGCCGUCUUCGGCUGCCUCAGCCCCAGGGAGCUCUGCGUCUGCAUGAGGGUGUGCCGGACCUGGAACAGGUGGUGCUGUGAUAAAAGGCUGUGGACCAAAAUAGACCUAAACCAUUGUAAAUCCAUCACUCCCCUUAUGCUCAGCGGUAUCAUCAGAAGGCAGCCGGUCACGCUAGAUCUGAGCUGGACAAAUAUAUCCAAAAAGCAGCUGAGCUGGCUUAUCAGCCGGCUUCCAGGUCUCCGGGAUCUGCAUUUGUCUGGAUGCUCGUGGAUUGCCGUGUCCGCGCUCUGCAGCUCAAGUUGCCCCCUCCUCCGAACUCUGGAUAGUCAGUGGGUGGAAGGCCUGAAGGAUGCCCAAAUGAGAGACCUUUUGUCACCGCCAACGGACAACAGGCCAGGCCAGAUUGACAACCGAAGCAAGCUGCGCAACAUCACGGAGUUACGCCUCUCGGGCUUGGAUAUCACGGACGCCUCCCUGCGCCUGAUUAUCCGGCACAUGCCUCUUCUGUCCAAGCUUAACCUCAGCUACUGUAAUCACGUGACGGAUCAAUCCAUCAACUUACUGACGGCUGUGGGGACCACCACACGGGACUCCCUAACCGAGGUUAUUUUGAAAGACUGCAAUAAGGUGACGGAUCAGUGCCUCUCCUACUUCAAGCGCUGUGGGAGCAUUUGCCACAUCGACCUGCGGUACUGCAAGCAAGUGAGCAAGGAAGGCUGUGAGCAGUUCAUUGCUGAGAUGUCCGUGAGCGUUCAGUUCAGCCAAGUGGAGGAGAAACUGCUGCAGAAGCUGAGACUUUUCAUGCACCGAGGAGGAUGUGGAUACGCCGACUCAGGAUUGCAGCUGGAGCGCACGUACGUUUGCAAAGCAUUUUUGCAGGCAACAGAAGCAAUGUUCGUUCUGGGCUUGCUAAGGUGGGCCGUACCCUGCAUUCCUGCCUUCUGAACUUUUUGUGUUACAUCUGACAUUAUGCAAAACUAUUUUUGUACAAAAUCCUUUUAGAGAGUUAUUUAUGCAAAGUUGUUGAAUGCAUUUCAAGUGUUUGUCUUGGGUUUCAAAUUGCCAAAUUAUCCUGAAGCAGGAGAGAACUUUUAACUUCUUAAGAGACACGACCAAUUGGACUGACAUUCCCCAGUUUUGAAGGGGUGGGGAAAAUAGGUUAAUACUUUAAAAUGAAAAAGCAUGUUUUAUAUACAGCUUUGUAUACUCUAGAAACACAGUAAAGCAUGUUGUGGCAAGGAGGUGUAUAGAGGUGUAUAGAUUGAUGAUGUGUCAUUAAAUUCCCUGCAUAAAGGUCAUCUUUUCCUUAAUUUUGAAGCUUCCAGUUAUAGCCAGUCACGUGGAGAAGUUUAAAGACAUUUGGGGUCUCAAACUUGCUCCACAUUUGCAAGUCAAGCAAUUUUCUCGUUUUUAAAUGGGUUGUUACAAUUGGUUAACUGCUAAUUAUUUUUUAAAAGGGGGGGGUUCAGUAUACAUUAAGUGCCAUUGUUGUAAAGUGGUGUCUCUCUGAUUGACUUCCUUCCUCAUGCAGUUUUACCUCUGUUGAAUUUGUAUAAAUGAUUGUACAAAAAUAGAGGCUAGCUGGGCAUUCUGCUCAUGUUUGUAUUAUAGAUGUUGAGCCUUUGUAAUAUUUCCCGGAAAGCCGCUCGGCUUCCACCCCUUGAAGUUGUUCCAAGGGGAAACCCUGACAAGUAAAGAGAUGCUCUGUUCAGUUGUCAUCAGUUAUGGCAUUUGGGAUCCAGGGGAAUCCAGUUGCUCUGUCCCUUGGGUAAAGUAAACUUUUAAUAAAAGAUCAACCUUU